GCAGUGCCCUAGGCCCAACCAUCAUUAGUUUUUUUUCACCAAUGACCUGGCUGCCAUUAGGUCAGGAUUUGGAAUGUUUGAAGAUUGCAUAAUGUUACAUAGCAUUUGUCACUCCUCUUCUACUGAAGUACCUGUAAAUGUGUACAGAAAGACUUGCAAAUUUACAGGUUGUUCAGAGGCCUUUCGUGGAUUAUUUGCAUUUGAGAUUCUGGUCAGCUGCCUAUCGACUGUGUGUCUCAUUUGUCACAGUAACUUUGGGAUCAGUGUUAGCAGGGGAAAAAUCUCUCCUAAAAAUUCGGUGAAUAUGUUACUUGGACUGGCACAGAAACCAUGGCAGUCGAUCUGCAAUUUCUAUUUCCGAAAAUAUGUCUUUGGAGCCAGUCAAGCCCAUUACAUACGCAAGAGCGUUAUGAUCAACCAAAGUGUCUGGCACAGUAUGCAUUCUCACUUACCAAUCACCAUGGACGUCCAGCUGCGUUUAUACUCCUCAUCAAAUGGCAAAAAGGAUGGAACCUAUGAAUAUAAUGCCAGCAGUACCUCUGCGUCCUUGGGAAUGGAGCCUAGUACUCAACAAAAUUCGAAAAUAGCUGCUCAAGGGCCCAGUGUUUCAGGUCAACCUACUUUGGAGCAAAUCCAAGUGAAAGUUAAAGCUAUUCUGAAGAAGAGAGAUUAUGGGUCCACAUAUACUCAAAAUAAUUUCAUCACAGGCAUGCGGGCGCUGAAUGAAUUCUGUCUAAAACCCAGUGAUCUGGAACAAUUAAGGAAGAUUAAACGGCGAAGUCCUCAUGAUGAUACAGAAGCAUUUACUGUCUACUUAAGAUCUGAUGUAGAAGCCAAGGCUCUUGAAGUGCAUGGUAGCCGAGAAGCUCUUGCCAGGGCAAAAAAACGACGCCAAAAUGAAGAAAUUGCACAUAAAGAAAAUCUUUUCAGGAAUGAGAAGUUAAUGCGGGAAUAUCGGGAGUUUCUAGGUAACACUAUGCCUCGCUCAACUAAGUCAACGAAGUUUUUACAGGGACCAGGAAAAGUUGUGAUGGUUGCAAUCUGCAUCAAUGGGCUGAAUUUUAUCUUCAAACUGCUUGCCUGGAUUUAUACAGGGUCCGCAUCCAUGUUCUCAGAGGCUAUACAUUCACUGGCUGACACCUGUAAUCAAGUUUUGUUAGCGGUGGGUGUCAGUCAGUCUGCUAGGACCCCUGAUCCCGGUCAUCCGUAUGGAUUUACAAAUAUGCGCUACAUUGCUUCCCUCAUCAGUGGAGUUGGCAUUUUUAUGAUGGGUGCAGGACUGUCCUGGUACCAUGGAAUUAUUGGACUUAUACAUCCUCAUCAUAUUGAAUCAUUAACAUGGGCAUAUUUCAUCCUGGCUGGUUCACUAGUUUCUGAAGGAGCAACACUUAUAGUUGCAGUAAAUGAACUCCGAAAGAAUGCUCGAGCUAAAGGAAUAACGUUAUAUCAGUACGUGAUGAAUGGUCAUGAUCCAACCACUAAUGUUGUUCUGUUGGAAGAUGCAGCUGCUGUGUUGGGAGUGUUGUUAGCAGCUAGCUGUAUGGGGCUGACAUCUCUUACUGGUAAUCUAUAUUAUGACAGCAUUGGUUCCCUCGGUGUUGGAACACUCUUAGGUGCAGUUUCAACAUUCUUGAUCUACUCAAAUACUGAGGCUUUGAUUGGGAGAUCUAUAAAGCCAGAAAAUGUACAGAGGCUUACUGAACUUCUGGAGAAUGACCCUUCAGUAAGGGCUGUGCAUGAUGUAAAGGCUACUGACAUGGGUCUAAGCACAGUACGAUUUAAAGCAGAGAUCGAUUUUGAUGGAAGAAUAGUGACAAGAUCUUACCUGGAGAAACAAGACAUUGACAUUGUCUUAAACGAAAUUCAGCAGGUUAAAACUCCCGAAGACUUGGAAGCAUUUAUGCUGAAACACGGAGAGAAUAUCAUUGACACUCUGGGAGCUGAGGUUGACCGGCUAGAGAGUGCACUCAAGCAAAAGUAUCCUGAUGUGCGUCAUGUUGACUUAGAAAUUUUAUAAUUACCUUGGACUGUGAAGAUGCCUGGCAUAUCUAAUGAAGAGCACUGCAAAUACAGAGAUGACUGUUACUUGCAGCCAGUACUGCAAUGCUUAUUGUGGUUAUUAUAAGCUGUUAUCAUCACAUGAUGUUAUGACUCUAGUGCUUUAGGACAUUGCACAGUUAAAAUACGUAAGAUUGACAGACUUGAGAAUUGCAGUGCUAUGGAGUGAUCUAUCGUGUUAUAACUUCCAUGUGGCUGAGCAAGUAGUUAUAAUAUUAUAUACUGGCAGAACAACUAUUUUGAGUUAAUGAAAUGGUAACAGUGCCUGAUGUGGGGGAUUAGUGACUUUGUUUGCAAACUGGAUGAUUGCAUAACUUUCUAUUGAAACAUUUUAGUUGCUUUUGUUGACUUAUGUAAAUUGUAUACUCAAAUCUUCCAAAUUCAAGCUGUACAAUGUUCAAACUGUCUGUUUCAUAAUGUUCAACCUUGACAUAAUAACAGAAAAAGUGAAAACUGACUGCAAAUAAAACCUUAUUUAUGGAUCCAUUGAAUUUACUGGUAUAAUAACUAAGUAUCCAAACUAAAGUUAAUAGUUUUUUUUUAAAUCAAGAUUUUUAAUCAUGUGCAUGGAAGAUUUUAAUUUGAAAUUGGAAGGACUUUUUGAAAGAGAAAGUAUUUUGAUGAAGUUUAAAGUGUUAAAAUGCCAAGUAAAUGGAAUUAGAUCAAGUUUUAUUAAUUUGGUCAUGCUUUUAUUAAAUGGCAAGAGACCUCACUAAAUAUAAAAUUCAAAAUCCACAAGUUAACUUUCUUUGAAAUUGAUUAAACCAAAGUGUAUUCAUAUGGCAGUAAUGUUGGAAUUUCAACAACAGUGCUUUACAGAAAGAAGGUAGAAUUUUCCAUUUUACCCCUUCAAAAUAAUUAUAGUUUGAUCAGCAAUUAUUUAGGAAAAUAAAGGUGCAGGCAUUUAAAUUAGAAAUAACAAUUGAUGGCAUCAUUUAAAUUAUGUAACAUAUUCAUGGGAUGAAGAUAUUUAUUUUGAAUCUAGAGCGAUAUUGCUACAGCUAUAUAUCCAUCUGUUACAUUGAAAAAUAACUAGAUUAUACUAGAAUGUACAAUCGCUGUCAAAGCAUGGAAGGUAACGCUGUUGAAACCAAAGCUGCUAUGAAUGUUGAAAUUUCCUUUUGUGAUAUAUUUUCUUAACCUAAUUUGAGAAAGAAAUAUUCAAGAGAACUGAGUGGCGCUGUGGUUUACUAAAAACUUACGCGAUGGAUCUUAGCUGAUAGACUAGAAAUCUGUCUGCUAGUUGGAUAAGCAUCCUGCAUAAGAGAAAGUUUAGACAAUUUCUGAUGGCUUGUGCUUCUAAUUCAAACAGUGAAUUUUGACACAUUGUGCUGAAAUAAUAGUCACAGGAUAGCUGUCAUGGAAAGUUUUCAAGAAAUAUUUUUUGAAGUAGGAAUUAUGAAUUCAGGGCUAUUAUUCUGGUAGCAAUAACAAAUCUGUCAUCAAAUCUGGUAGUACUGUAGUUGGAAACUUAAACUGCUCAAAAAUGGUAUCCCUCGCCUUUAGCCUGCAAAACGGCUUCGCUAAACUUGGAGGUUUUUAUAUCCAGUCUUCACCAAAUAUUCUAUAGCAUUUUUUAAUUAGAUUGAGAAAUGACUUUUUCGAGCAUUCACUUUUUUUUAGUGAAAAAGGCUAUAACAACGUGUUUUUGAUUGCUUUAACUUCAACCAGUUUGGUAGAAGAAUUGUAUUACUGAAAAUAAUGGAGUUCUGUUGAAUGGUAAUUAUUUUUAUUCUACAUAAUGUAGAGGAAUAGAUUUUCUUUAGAUUGUAUUCUUUAAAUGUGUUUGUUUCUGGAAAAAGUACAGCAUUCUCUUCUUUAUACAGUGGAGUAUAAAUAUUGGCUUUCCCUUAAAUUGGCAUUUUUGUCCUGAUCCAUGAAAGAAGGAAAGCUUUGACAAUGUCAUCUUUUAGCAAUACUUGUUUAAUGAUCAGUUAACUUGCUUCAUGUUCUCAAGAAAGAAGUAAAACUGGGAGGUUUUUUGAAGAGGAUAGUGAUUAGGGAAGACACUACCUAAUGCAAUUGUCUUAAUAAAUUUAUCUAUCAAACCUGGUACAUCUUGUCCAUCUUCUUUUACAGUUCCUUUUAGAAUCAGACUGAUUUUCAAUGUUAUAUUUUAGAUGUAUGUCUGUUUGUGAAAUUAAUUUAUUUAAGGACCUUGGUUUGGAAUCUUUUGUCUUUUCAAGCAGUAAUGCAGUUUUUUUUUACUGGUAAAUGUACUUGUUCCACCAAGCCCUUUGUUCUUUAUUAAGUUGUAAUUUCAUUAUGCAUUACCAAAUUGGGUUUUGAUGUCGGAUUCAAAGAUCCUGAGUGCAAAAUAUGAAUAAAUAAUCUAAGCUAAAA